GGUGCGCCGCGCGCCGACCCCCAGCGUCGGUCCUCCGUCGGAUCCGACAUUCGGCGCCCAGUGGGCGGACGGUGAGCGGCGACCAGCGGUGGACGGUGAGCGGCGACCGGGGGCGGCGGCGGCGGCGGAGGCGGCGGAGGUGACUGAGACGCGCGGUGGCGGCGGUGGGGGCGGAGCUUUCGUUGACUGCCGCUAGUAUGCUGCACUCGGUGGAGCGGUGAGGAACGCCCUGUGAAACUCGCAGCCCGCGACUGUUACUUGACCCACCGAGCGUCUCGCCGGCGCGGCAGUCUCAGGCUCAGCUCGCCCUGCCCCUGAGGUGUCAGAUUCAGUGACAAUUCGCGGCCCUCGGUGCGAUCUGAAGAGGCCGGUGAGAGACACCUGCCCAGUGGCCGUGCAGUGCUGAAGGAGAGGGUAUGUCUCCCGGGAGACAUUAGUGAAUAUACGAGACCCUGGAACACUGAAAGGACAAGAGCAACGAGACUGAGGGACAGUCCGUUCGUCGUGAUACGUGCUACAGUUCUUCAAUCGUCGAUCAUGGAACGGUGUUCUCCGUGAAACUGUCGGGCUUCAGCUGCUGACGGAAUCUCAGUGUUCUACAGCACUCCUGAGACGCCUGAGGAAGGCCGGACACCUGAGAAACUGGGCGGAGCCGGCGAGGAAGGACAGCCGCGGCACCCGAGUCCCGCGGCAUGGAGGUCAACGGUUCGGCGUCUAACUCGAGCACGCUGGGCGUGGCGGAGACGCCCGGCUACCUGCUGGUCCUGAAGGCCAUCUCGCUCUGCACCAUCAUCGUCAUGGCCGUGCUGGGCAAUCUGCUGGUGGUGGUGAGCGUCUACCGCUACCGCAAGCUGCGCAACAUCACCAACUGCUUCGUGGUGAGUCUAGCGAUCGCCGACGUGCUGGUAUCGCUGAUCGCCAUGCCGUUCAACGCCAGCGUGGAGCUGUCGGGCCGCUGGAUGUUCGGCCACGCCAUGUGUGAUGUCUGGAACUCGGUCGACGUGUACGCUUCCACCGUCAGCAUUAUCCACCUCUGCUGCAUCAGCAUCGACCGCUACUACGCCAUCGUCAAGCCGCUCAACUACCCGUUGGUCAUCACCGAGAGGCUGGUGGUGAUGAUGCUGACGUUCGUGUGGGUGUUCCCCGUCUCCAUCUCCUUCGUACCCAUCUUCCUGGGCUGGUACACGACUGCCGAGCACCAGCUGUUCAGAGCCGAAAACCCGCACGUCUGCAAGUUCGUCGUCAACCGUCCGUACGCAGUCAUAUCGUCCAGCAUCUCGUUCUGGAUACCGUCGACCAUCAUGUGCGUCAUGUACUACUUUGUCUACCAGGAGGCGGUCCGGCAGGCCAAGUUCCUCUACAAGAACGCGUCGGCAGCGAGUCGCUCGCAGAUAGCCAUGAACGGCACCAUCUCGCCGAGUCGCAAGGGCCCACUGGAGGGCGAGGACCGCGCCGGUGAGACGGCGCAGAAGAUCCGACACGAGCACAAGGCGGCGCGCACACUGGGCAUCAUCAUGGGCGUGUUCGUCCUGUGCUGGCUGCCGUUCUUCACCUGGUACAUCACGGUCUCGCUGUGCCGCGAGGCGUGCCCCUGUCCAGACGUGGUGGUCGUGGUGCUCUUCUGGAUCGGCUAUCUCAACUCGUGUCUGAACCCGCUCAUCUACGCCUACUUCAACCGCGACUUCCGGGACGCGUUCAAACAGACUCUCCAGUGCGUCUUCGAGCCCUGCUGCGCCAAGGCGGCUGCCGAACGCAGCAGCGUCUGAACGAGGACGUCUGAAGAGGUCUGAGGACGUCAGGAAAACUCGUGAAGACGCCGGCAUCCCGCCGCACUGCACCACGCUGCGGUGUAUGAAACUGCCGACUGAAACAGACUGCUGUCAUUUGACCAGUCUGGACGGGAAGUCGCAGCUCAGAUACAGGGCACAUCCAACAGGUCGACCCUGGAGCAGAAGUCCAAACUCAUGGUUCUGACGAACUUACCACCACACCGGCAACAUUCGAUGGUGGCAACGCGAUCAUCGGGCGUGUCGCUAACAGUGAUAUUGGUUGAGCGGCAAUGACUCAAUCGGUGACAAACACUGGCGACAGCAAAGAUCAAAGCAACUAUGAAAAUGUAACCAGUAUUGGCACACGCGGCAGGAGUGGAAGUGAGAACGAUGUGGUGACGGUAUCCGUGCCAGUUACGCGCCAACAGUGACAUAACCCGGUGGAAAAAAAUAGAUCCCUGCUAAGCUGGCCAGGUCAAGGCCACGCCAGUUGUCUAUCAGCUGUCAGCUGCCUAUCAGCUAUCAACUGUCACCCGAUGUCAGCUGCGGCCAUCGUACUCAAAACUGCUGCUAGGCUGGCAUCAGUGACCGUCCCUUCGAGCUCGUGCGCGUCUCCGAGCCCGCAGGGCGCGACUUUCUCCAUACGCUGACCGGGAAUGUGAUAGAAACGCUCAAAGUGACCGCGACCACAGCGCGCUGGUCACCUGUCCCGUACCCCAACUGUGGCGGACCGGUCCGCUGCGUUCAUGUGUCCCGUACUGUGUGUACCCUGGCUUCCAGCUUGGCUGGUGUGCUGUGUGUGUGGCGAGAGAGGAGCGAACUGCGUCAAACGACGGGUCUAGAUGUGAGAUGUGUGGAUAGGUAGAAUGGGAAAGACGGCCAUAUUCGUGUGGCUUUAUGGUGUGUUAGGUAGGGUAAGAGAGGUAGAAGGGUAAAGGUAUUGAGGAUCAAAAGGCGUUGAUGUUUUGAAACUUGUAAGAGGGUGGUAGAUAUGUGUACCUUUAUAGGUCAUUCUGUGUCGAUGGUUAACAAUUUUAUACUUAAGUUAUUAUAUCUUAAAACAUGCAUGUUUUAUCAUUGAAAAUGUCAAACAAUUGAAUAUUGAAACUUUUAGAGAGGAAAAAACUGAUUUUAACACAAACGAAAUCACGGAAGCAUUUGAAUUUACUUUCGUAGGUGCAUGUAAACUUGCUUUUUUAUUAUUCAAUUCAGCUUCUACUGUCAACGUUAUCAGCUUCAUAUAAAUCGUAUUGAAGGAGUAAAGGAGACCAUGGCUGGUAUUCUAUAGUUAACCUAAAAAGAUGUAUUUACUGUGACAGAGAUUGCAGCUGUAUUUACAUGAAAUGUGCCGCAACGUUGUGAAACCGAAGUCCAUAAAUAUAUAAUAGCAAUGCGA